ACAAGCAAGCAUGGCGGCCGUCAGGAAGAAGAAGAACUUUUCCUUGAAAGUUCUUUCCAGAAACCCAGAUGAUUACAAAAGAGAAACAAAACUAGACAUUCAUAAAGCUCCCCAGAAUCCAGAAAGCUACCUACAUCCAUUUGCUGUAGAAAGAGAGUACAAAAGAGCGUUGAAUGCUACGAAACUGGAGCGAGUGUUUGCCAAGCCCUUCUUGUGUGGACUAGAGGGACAUCGGGAUAGCAUUGAAGCUCUGGCCAAGUUCCCGACCCGCUUGUCUCAUGUGUUGUCUUCGGCCAGUGACGGGGAGAUUCGUCUUUGGGAUCUGACGACGAAAAAAUGUCUGAGCCAUGUUCCUGCCCACGAUGGAGUAGUUCACAGUCUUUGUGCCCACCGGUCUGGGAACUUUUUCCUGUCUUGCGGCCAAGACACCAACAUCAAGCUGUGGGCGUGCUCUGAGGAAGGAGAAAUUAACCCAGAACCUGUGAGAACGAUUCUGAAUAAGUACGUGUACCAGAGCAUUGACCACCACGAGAAAGAGGACAUGUUUGUGGCGUGCGGUCAGUCGCUGGACCUGUGGGUCGGGGACCGUGCCCAGCCCUACCAGUCGUACAAGUGGGGGCUGGACAGCAUGCACUUCGUCAAGUUCAACCGCACGGAGACUCAUCUGGUGGCGGCGUGUGCAGAUGACCGCAGCAUCAUGCUUUACGACACACGUGGAGGGGCGGGCGUGUCAAAAUUGGUGAUGAGGCUGAAGUCCAACGCCAUCAGCUGGAACCCCAUGCAAGCCUUUGUCUUCACAGCCGCGUGUGAUGAUUACAACCUGUACACAUAUGACAUCAGGAACUUGAGGAUGGCAACAAACAAACACGAGGACCACAUUGCUGCAGUGAUGGAUGUCGACUACGCUCCAACGGGGAAAGAGUUUGCAACGGCUGGCUACGACAGAGCGGUCAGGAUUUUCAACCACACAGACGGACACAGCAGAGACGUGUACCACACCAAGCGCAUGCAGCGAGUGAACCACAUCAUGUGGUCCAUGGACAACAAGUACAUUCUUUCCGGCUCUGACGAGAUGAACGUCCGACUGUGGAAGGCCAGAGCCUCGGAGAAACUGGGGGUGCUCAAACCUCGCGAGAAGACGGCCAUCAACACAGCGGAGCGGCUCAAGCGGACGUUCAAGGACCAUCCGGAGAUCCAGCGCAUCUCUCGCCACCGCCACCUGCCCCGACUCAUCUACCACUACAAGCAGGAGCACCAGGACAUCAAGGAGUCACAGAAGAGGAAGGAAAGCAACAGAAGGUUCCACAGCAAGCCCGGAGCUGUGCCACACGUCCCAGAGAGGAAGAAACAGGUGGUGGAUGUCAAGGAGUAGACGGCUUGUGGGUGUGCGUGCAUACGUGUGUGUGUGGGGGGGGGGGGGGGGUGCAUAUGUGUAUGUAUGCGUGCUU